AUGACGGCUUUUACACCAACUGCUCUACAAUAUUCAUCCACAUCAUAUUUACAAUCCAGGGUACCUUCUUUAGAAGGUACUCGUGAUCAUAAUUCAUGGUGUGCAAGACUGAGAUCAUACAAACCCACUUAUCAAAGAUUUCACCAACAGAAAUUUGCAAGAGGACUAACAAUUCAGAAUGCAGCCACAAAACCAGCGAAAUCACCAGCUGAAGAAGAGUGGAAGGUUAAGCGAGAAUUAUUGCUGCAGAAAAGGGUAAAAAGUGUGGAACCAAAGGAAGCUCUGCGCCUUCAGAAAGAAAAUAAUUUUGUGAUUCUUGAUGUAAGGCCAGAAGCAGAGUUCAAGGAGGCUCAUCCCGCAGAUGCAGUUAAUGUGCAAAUAUACAGGCUUAUAAAAGAAUGGACAGCCUGGGACAUUGCCAGACGUGCUGCAUUUGCAUUUUUUGGAAUUUUCUCUGGAACAGAAGAAAACCCUGAGUUUAUCAAGUCUGUUGAAGAAAAAUUAGAUAAAAAUGCAAAGAUAAUAGUAGCUUGCUCAGCAGGGGGAACAAUGAAACCAACACAAAAUCUGCCAGAAGGUCAACAAUCUAGGUCUCUAAUAGCAGCCUACUUGUUGGUCCUAAAUGGUUACGCCAAUGUCUUCCAUCUAGAAGGAGGGCUUUACAGGUGGUUUAAAGAGGAUCUGCCAACUGUUUCAGAGGAGUGA